AUGGAAGAAGGAAUAUAUCGAAUGAGCUUCGCCGAAAGUCUCCUUGUCCUAGUCGUGAUUGGCCUAUGGCUAUUAGCAAUUAUUAGUUUAGCUCGUAAACUCGAACGAAUAUGUAACCCUCCGUCGAUUUUGCCCAACUAUUCAUUACACACAAAAGUAAGCGUUUGUCCAUCAUCACGUCGCGAUCGACAUUCAAAUGAUUCGGUUCAAUCAACACUUCCACCACCUGUUACUUUCAUCCGUGCUACAUCCGAACCUGCCAUCGACGCUUCUCCUCGUGCAACAAUCUUCGUUCGUUCUCCAAGCGAAACUUGUCUUCAUGUUAAAUCAACAUCGACCUUGCGUAUGCCAAGUCCCUCUCAACAUUUAACGUCGCCGAGUGUAUUAGAAUUAGGACAUAACCGGCGAAAUAAUAGUAUUGGAACGUUAGCUGUUCCUCGCACAGCUAGUUAUCAGAUUCAAGUUGAAACUCCGCGCGCGAAUCUGGCAGCACAGACCUUACUCGACCCGAAACGUAUUCCUACGAUAGUUCGACGCAGUCUGCUAGAUUUACAUCGACGAACACUUUUUUCUAAUAGUACAACAAAUGUUUCUCCCAUCCGAUGCAUUGUCACCGCUGCUGGUAAUUCUCCCAAUGGAAAUGGUUCAAAAACAAUAACGACAACAACAACAAGUUCUACUGCUGUGAAAGUUCCCUUAUUAAGUCGAAAUCGACGAGCAGUCGAAGGUGAUGAAGACGAUUGGUACCGAGAAGUUCAUAGUAACACCGAACGUUUCCGAGGAUAUGCCGAAGAUAAAACUCGCAAUCAAGCGACUGAUAUCUAUCAGUUUCUCAAACCCUCCCAGCGUUACGCCGUUCAACUGGAACAAUUUCGUUCGCAAAUGAACAUCGAUUAUCAACCACCAUUACCUCGGCCACCACCACGCGCAUCCUGGUGA